AUCAAUUCAACAAUGAACGAAUGGGGACAAACGUGUGGCCUGACGACGUGAGCGUACGUCCGUAGUUUGACAUAAAACAUUGAACUGAAGCUAAAACUGCUGUAUCUGUCCUCCACCUCCACCCCUCAGGAUUUAAAAACGCUCAGUGAUCCUACGAUCGACUCGCUGGAUAAGGUACAUGAGCAGGUGUGAGAAUGGAGCAGUUGCAGACUGCGCUGACCGCUAUCAAGGUGCUGCGUUCUAACGUCGGGCAAGUGUUUGAUUCUCUUGGAAAUGGGUUGCGAGCAGAGCACGGCGAGGAAAAUAAAGAAUCCAAGUAUUUGUUUGAGUUACAGGAACUGUUGACAACUGUAAAUCUCAACUUGAGGGACGUGGAACAGGCGAUAAGUAGUUUAAAUCCCCCACCCGGUCCGUUUAAUUUAGCCAGCACGACUUACCUUAGUCAGGAGACCACUCAGGAAAGACAGGCGCUUUAUAGCACGCUCGUUAACAGUUAUAAAUGGACGGAUAAGAUUCACGAAUAUAGUAACGUUGCCCACAAUUUGCUCAGUCACAGUCAGCUAAAGAGAUCUUACAUGAUUCUAAGUAGAACAAAGAGGGGAAGAUACCACAGCAGCUGUCAUAAUGUACCUCAGACGCAAGUCGAUUCUUUGAUAUCAACGUUUGACCGAACGUUUAGCGACAUGACGGUAACCGUGACACGUCCGUCUGCGUCAAGUAACGCAAUAUUACAUCUUACGCUGGGACAUGUUCUAAAAGGGAUGGUAGUGUUUAAGGGAGUGAUGAUAGAGCGGGUGGUAAUCAAGGGUUACGGGGAACCGAUAGACCUAUGGUCGGAGUCUAGGCAUAAGGUCUUCCGCAAAGCGACAGAGAACGCGCAUGCCGCAAUGUUGCACUUCUAUUCGCCUACGUUACCCGAUUUAGCAGUGCGAUCGUUUAUGACGUGGUUUCAUAGUUUAAUCACUUUAUUUAGCGAUCCGUGCAAACGCUGCGGCUUGCAUUUACACAGUGCGUUUCCUCCGACUUGGAGAGACUUCCGAACUUUGGACCCUUAUCAUCAGGAGUGCAAACCAUAAGAUAAAGUUUAUGUCUUAGGUAAAUAAUCAAUCUUUGCAGGUACUUCGUGGAUAAUGUACAGUAAUAAAGCGUAAUAAUAUUUGAUACCUAUAUUUUUCCUGAAUGUAUUAGAAUAUUAUAUAUACUUACUAAAAUAAUAAAAUUGUGAAUAAAAUA